GUGGAGAAGCAGCCUGGGGCCUCUCCAGACUCGCUGGCCCGGCGCAUACUGUGUGAACGUCUGGUGCUCUGUGCGGCUGGUUCGCGGCGAAGGGGCCCCACUGCCGGGGCAUGGCGCCCGUGCCCGCAGCGAGGGUGGCACCGCUCACCCGAGGAACCUUGGGCUAGGCGUGUGAGGACGCAGGCAGCUGCCGUGGGCCGUGCGCGACGCGUGUAUUCCCCUUUGUGCCAAGACUCCCGGUGGCGCGCGAUGCAACGGGCAGCGGUGCUGGUGCGGCGGGGCUGCUGUCCCCGCGCCGCGGGCGCCUGGGGCCGCAGUUGGAGCAGCGCACCUGCCGAGGCCCCGGCCGUGCUCCCGGUUAGGCGCGGACGCAUCCUGACUCCGGAGUCCAUGAACCCUCAGGUGCGCGCGGUGGAGUACGCCGUGCGUGGGCCCAUCGUGCUCAAGGCUGGCGAAAUCGAGCUCGAGCUGCAGCGGGGUAUCAAAAAGCCAUUCACUGAGGUCAUUCGCGCCAAUAUAGGGGAUGCCCAGGCUAUGGGCCAGCAGCCAAUCACCUUCCUUCGACAGGUAAUGGCCCUGUGUACCUAUCCAAACCUGUUGGACAGCCCCAGCUUCCCAGAAGAUGCCAAGAAACGCGCCCGGCGGAUUCUGCAGGCUUGUGGCGGAAACAGCCUAGGGUCAUACAGUGCCAGCCAAGGUGUCAACUGCAUUCGUGAAGAUGUGGCUGCCUACAUCACCAGGAGAGAUGGUGGCGUGCCUGCGGACCCUGACAACAUUUACCUGACCACUGGAGCUAGCGAUGGCAUUUCUACAAUCCUGAAGAUCCUCGUCUCUGGGGGCGGCAAGUCUCGGACGGGUGUGAUGAUCCCCAUCCCACAGUAUCCCCUCUACUCAGCAGUCAUCUCAGAGCUCGACGCUAUUCAGGUGAAUUACUACCUGGACGAGGAGAACUGCUGGGCCCUGAAUGUGAAUGAACUCCGGCGGGCCAUACAAGAGGCCAAAGACCACUGUGACCCCAAGGUGCUCUGCAUCAUCAACCCAGGGAACCCCACAGGCCAGGUACAGAGCAGAAAGUGCAUAGAAGAUGUGAUUCACUUUGCCUGGGAAGAGAAGCUCUUUCUCCUGGCCGAUGAGGUGUACCAGGACAACGUGUACUCUCCAGACUGCAGGUUCCACUCCUUUAAAAAGGUGCUUUAUGAAAUGGGACCCGAGUACUCCAGCAAUGUGGAACUCGCCUCCUUCCACUCCACCUCCAAGGGCUACAUGGGCGAGUGUGGCUACCGCGGAGGCUACAUGGAGGUGAUCAACCUGCACCCUGAGAUCAAGGGCCAGCUGGUAAAGCUGCUCUCGGUGAGGCUGUGCCCACCCGUGUCUGGACAGGCCGCCAUGGACAUCGUCGUGAACCCCCCGGCCCCAGGGGAGGAGUCCUUCGAGCAGUUCCACAGGGAGAAGGAGUCUGUCCUAGGUAACCUGGCCACAAAAGCGAAGCUUACAGAAGACCUGUUUAACGAAGUGCCAGGAAUUCACUGCAACCCCCUGCAGGGUGCCAUGUACGCCUUUCCUCGGAUCUUCAUUCCCACCAAGGCUGUGGAAGCAGCUCAGGCCCAUAAAAUGGCUCCGGACAUGUUUUACUGCAUGAAACUCCUGGAGGAAACUGGCAUCUGUGUGGUGCCCGGCAGUGGCUUUGGGCAGCGGGAAGGCACCUACCACUUCAGAAUGACCAUCCUCCCUCCAGUGGAGAAGCUGAAGACAGUGCUCCAGAAGGUGAAGGACUUUCACAUCAAGUUCCUGGAGAAAUACGCCUGAGAAUGGCCCUUGGCUCUCUCCUGACCCUGCCCGUCUCCCCACUGACUCUGGCUCAGGCCCCCAAGGUCGCUGGUCAUGCUCAUGUCAUCCUGCACCAGAGACUCCUUUCUUUGUGCCUUGAUGUUGUUGGCAGCAAAUGUGAAUUCACAGUGUGUCACAGCCCCUGGUUUGGCGAUGCAACCAAAGUAGAGGGAUUCUCAGUGAAUGUGGCCAGAGGCCUCUAUCAUCCACUGUUGCUGCUUUUGAAAAGUUCCCUUUGGGCUUUCAACACCCAGACUGUGUUGGAUGAGGUGUUUGAGGCCUGGAGAAGCAAGCAGGUGUUGGGAAACAUGAUUUAACCACAAUGAGGACUGGAAACAAUUUACCAACACAAUCUAUGAAAUAAAACCCUUAGUGGUGUGGAAAUCUAGUCCUUUGAACAGCAGGGCCUCAGGGAAUGUCCAUCCUUGUGGCCUGGAGAGGGGCAGCCUGUCUCAGACAAGGGCAAGAUGCCCAGGCAGCACAGGAUGCUGGGCAAGGUUCUGAUGGCUGUGGGGUCACAGCUGAGGUCAUAGGUCCCACGGGGAGGAGUGAGUAUGAGCCAGGCUGCGGGCGAGCUCAGUCUCCUCUUUUGUCAGCACGGCAGAUCCUGAGGGCCCUGUGCACUGAGGGCUUCAGGGGCCCAGGUUACAGCCCAGCCAUGUGGAGGCCUACCAGUCAUCCUCUGGUGACCCAGUGGCAGUGUUUUCUCUAGAAGGUUUGAGCCAUUACACACAUUGUCCCCCUGCUGGCACCCCCCCCCCCCAGUGGUGCAGGUCCUUAUGGAGCCCAACCAACAGCCCCGCCCUGCAGUUUCUUGCAGUGUUUCAAACUGGUCCAUUUUCUAACCUGUAAACGAUAGGAGCUCCUGGGAGACAGUGCAGGAGCAAAUGCAGUAAGAUUGCAUUUAACGAAGUGUUCUGACUUCAUGCAAAGCAUUUCCCUUCAUGUUUACGCCUGCCUCCCCUCCACUUCUCUAAGCAGCCACAGGCAUCUCAGCCUGGAGUCUAGCAUCCCUGCAUUAGCAAGCCGCCAGUACUCUCAGCCCCUUUGGUAGCCUGGCCCCUGUCAUCCACACUCACCAGUGGGAAGCCGGGGGAGUUGUGACCAGCACAGAAGUGGGGACCCGGUGGCUCCCAGCAUGACCUGAAGGAGCCAGAGAGGGUAAUGUGGAGGCGCUAAGGGGGAGGUUGGAAAGCAGGUUCCUGUGCUGAUUUCCACACAGGGAAAUGUGCUCAAGCUUUGAGCAGUCUGUACUGGCAUUACUGUACCUGUGAGGGAAGCACCCACAGUUUCACAUAACAGAAGGGAAUGCGUUGGAACUUUUCCUUCCUGAAAAAACUGACAAAGUUGUGCUUGUGCUUACUGUAUGGUAUAUAAACCAAGAUGUAUCCCAGAGUCCUAAGAUUACUGGUGGGAAGGUUAAAUAGUACAAGCUAUUAUAUUUUUUGUAUUUUUGUAACAAUUGCUUUUUCAUAAGGGAAGGAAGUUAGUAUUUAUAGUCUUAACAAGUCCAAUAAUUUUUAUAAGCCUCUUCAGAUUAUAAAUAACCCAUAAAAACUUUGCACCAUUUACAUGAUUUUUUAGGAGAUGCUGUAUACACUUCGUUUGCUUUUAAAAUAAACUAAUAAUGUAAGGUCAGCUAGUUUGGGAAAUUACUCUAAGGUCGAAACGCCAUGCAAGACAGAUUGGAUUUCCUGCAGAUGCCGUUCUGAUGCGUCUCCUCUCCCAUCAUUGCCCCAGAAAGCUGGCUUGGCUGUCUCAUGUUGAGGCCACACCUGUGCACUUUCUGUUGUUGCCCCUUCUCCGCCUGUGGAUUUCAGGGCACCUGUGCCUUGCCAGGCCUGGGGGUUUCCUCACACACCUGCUGGCCAGCUGCUGUGAGGUGUGAAGUGCUGGGGAAAAGCCACCCCCGGCUGUUUCCCAGUCUGUUUUCACAGGCAUCUGCUUUACAGAGGUACUGGGUGAGGGGAGCUCUGCUGGAAACUUCUGAACAAUAAAAUCUGUGUCCCAAAUGAUAA